UCGGAGAUAAACACUCCGCGGCGGUGGCGGCUGCUGCUCCGCUUGGGGUUCUGUCACAGUGUCGGCUGUACCCAGCUUACUGGCCCCCUCCCCCCUCCCGGCGAGUGUAGUCAUCAGAGAGGCUUCUUCAGCCCUGCUCCACGGAGCAGGUCUACAGAGGGGCGCGGGUGUCCGGCGGCGAAGGCGAGCCCGUGGACAGUGGGGGUUGGUCCCGUGGCUCCGGCCCCCGGUGCAGAAUGGCGGCGGCGGUUCGGAUGAACAUCCAGAUGCUGCUGGAGGCGGCCGACUAUCUGGAGCGGCGGGAGAGAGAAGCUGAGCAUGGUUAUGCCUCCAUGUUACCAUACAAUAACAAGGACAGAGAUGCCUUCAAACGGAGGAACAAAUCCAAGAAGAACAGCAGCAGCAGCAGAUCAACUCACAAUGAAAUGGAGAAGAAUAGACGGGCUCAUCUUCGCUUGUGCCUGGAGAAGUUGAAGGGGUUGGUGCCGCUUGGGCCAGAAUCAAAUCGACACACUACAUUGAGUUUAUUAACAAAAGCCAAAUUACACAUAAAGAAACUUGAAGAUUGUGACAGAAAAGCCGUUCACCAAAUAGACCAGCUGCAGCGUGAGCAGCGGCACCUGAAGAGGCAGCUGGAGAAGCUGGGCAUUGAGAGGAUCCGGAUGGACAGCACUGGCUCCACGGUUUCCUCGGAGCGCUCGGACUCUGACAGGGAAGAAAUUGAUGUUGACGUGGAAAGCACAGACUGUCUCACAGGGGACCUGGACUGGAGCAGCAGCAGCGUGAGUGACUCUGAUGAGCGGGGCAGCAUGCAGAGCCUCGGCAGUGACGAGGGCUAUUCCAGCUCUGGCAUCAAGAGAAUAAAGCUCCAGGACAGUCACAAGACAUGCCUGGGGCUAUAGGUGAGAGGUCACCUCAGCCACCUCCAGCUCCAGCUGGUUCUCCUGUCGGAAUCUGAUUAGAUAGCGUGUUGGACCUGCCCGCGACACCCUUGCACGCAAACUUCAGUGUACCACCUUUACCAAACUCAGCUUUGUCAAAGUUUUCCGGGAAGUUCAUAGGAUUGAGGGCUUCUGAUUGCAUCUACUAGCUUCUCUCUCUCUCUCUCUCUCUCUCUCUCUCUCUCUCUCUCUUCUCUCUCUCUCUCUAAAAAUUCAUCUGUGAGAGACUGUACAUUCCAAUCAAUUCAAAACACCCAAGAACUCUUAGACCGAAUAAGCAAUGUUCACAUCUCAGCAACAACGUCCCCUCUUCCUUACUGUCCUCAAGUGGUUGCCCAGACCUUUCUUAAAGUUUUCUGGCUUACUGUGUCACUCGCCUAGGAGAAAUGUCCAAGUGUGUCUUGUGCUUAGGAAACCGAAGGAAACAAAGAUUUCAUGUUGAAAUCAGGAUCUCAGAACUCCAAAGUAAGCUUUGAAAGAGGAAUGGAAGAGCACUUAGCCAUGGCCCUUGCCCUGGUGAAGAAGUUGGGGACACCUCCAGGAAUUGGCCACAGUGUGCAGCCCAUCCUUUCCCCGCUUGCCGCAGCAUGGGGCAGGAAGCAGUACUUCUCACUUGAACACAGACACCUUGACAGCGUGUCUUCGGAGUUGCACAGCUUAGGAAAGUUCCAGCAUUGUUCUUGCAAACAACACGGUACAAUCUGUGUGCGCUCUUCUUGGGACUUCACUGUAUACUGCUGUCUCAAGACACAUUUUCCCCGCCAAGAUUGUUCAUGCUACUUGUCUCUGGAACAUUUUUUUUUCCUACCUCAGAGAUAAAUGAGAUCUCCAUUUCCCACUUAACAAAAGUAAUUAUGCCUCUUUUUUUUUCCCCCCAAAAUAAGUGACAUUUGGUCCAAUUCUAAUCUAUUUUCCUAUUUAACUUUGAGCAAUAACUCAGCUUUGGCGCUAGCUGAGCUAGUAGCCAUCGUCAGUGAAAGGAAAAAGUCCACAUUCCUACUCUCUAUGUCACAGGUGAACAGGAGGGGUGGGUUGUCCAGUGUUACUAGAAUCUUUCUCCUGGCUGAUUAUUUUUGGACUCACCCAGAAACUUCCUUAUGGAAGCUUUUGGGUUGAUAGUUUAAAUGGCUGAUUUUUCUCUUUGGUUCUGAUUUCUCCUUUAAAGUGGUCUCCCACUUUGUAGCAUUUUUAUUUAAGCUAAAACAGAGCACAUGUAUAUGUACAUAAGACACAUUAAAUCUAUAAAUACUAUUUAUUCAUUUUAUAUAAACUAAUGUAAUGGAAAAUAAAUUCUUAUGACUUUGUGCUUUUAUAGAUGUUCUAGAAACUUUGUAUGUAGGUAUCUACAAAAUUGGUUCCUUCCCCUUAAUAUUUUUGCAUUCAUAUUUUUGAGGUCUUGAGGUUUUCAGCCUCUGGUGAAUUUUUUUCAUUGAAUCUGAACCAUUUGUAAAAUCCCUGAUGCUGAAGCAGAGUGUGUAUCACAAAGUGAUGGAACAUUCUUGAAAUCCACAAACGCACUGCGACCUAAGGGCUCCACGGCUGACUCAGCAGCAGGCAGCCACCCCGUGCUGCCUCAACCAUGGCCUCGCAGGCAUCCAGCACCUCCACCUUCAAGUCAAGUUCAAACGCUACAUGAAGAGCAAUCUAAACAAAGCAAGAUCACAUGCAUGUUUUUUUUUUAUUCUUUAAUGUAUUAAAAUUUUUAAAUUGGAAGUAGUGAAUUCCUAAAUGACUCCAAAGUCAUCUGUAAUUCUUCAGUUUUUGUUUGAUCUUUUUUUUUUUUUCCUUCAUUUUGGCUUUGGGUGGGGGGAGGGACAGGUAAUACAAAGGAUUUUUUUAAUUGUUGGAAUCUUUUCCAAUUACCAGCUGAAGAUUUGCACUGAAGUACAACUUGUAUGCCUUUUGCAUUUUUAAAGCCUGCUUCCUGAAUUUAAGCAGAGUGAUAGUGUUCAAAGAGCCAGCUCAGCCUGUCACAUGUCUGAAAGAAGAUGAACCUUCACUUUGAGGUCCUCGAAUGCCAUUUGCUAAGACCUCAUGAGCAUCUUUGUUGAAUCGCUACAUCCAAGCGCCUCGCAAGUCCACAAUGCUGGGUGCCUCAAGGCAUCGAGAACACAAGACUUUAGAAAAACCUUGUGGGGCUUACUUGGGGGGUGGGAAGGGAACAAAAUUUGUGUACUUAUUUGUUUAAUUUGCAAAUUAGGCAUCUGAGAGAUGUCUUACUUUCUGUGUUUUAAAUGUGCCUUUGAGUUAAACCGCAUUUUUGUCUUUUGGUUGAAAUAUGAAAUGUUCUGUCCCAAUAUAAAAACAGUAAUUAUUUGACCUUUGCACUGUUUGUCUGGUCCUUUUCAAUUUGAUUGCAUAUAAAUGCAAUCUAUAUUUUUAAUGCACUUGUGAUAAUCUGACACCAGGGUUAGAUAUUACUUUCCAAGCUCAAGGUAGACCGAGUCAGCAGGCUAGACAGGCUUCUCUCUAACCAAACUGUAUCCUUCAGGACCAGCAAACUCAGCCCAAGGCAGCUAACCCCUUUCCCACGUGGCUGAACAGCAGCCUGAUUGGCCAACCUGUUGUCUCAUUCACUGAUCCACCAGCGUAACUGCUAAGAGCUAUAGUCUUUUCAGUUGUUUUGGUUUUUUUAAGCAAAGUGAAAAACGUUUCUAUUAGGGGUAAUUGGGGGGAGGGGAUGGGCAAAGAUAUAAACCCCAGCCUUUAAGCCUUUGACAGUUGUACAUAAAUAGAGAUGUGUAUAAAUUUAGGCACAUGCAUAUUUUUUUUGUGAAAGUUCUUUUUAAAAAACUAAAAUCUAAAGUGCGCUCAUUGAUAACCAUUGUAAUGCAAAUGGGAAAGCAUCAUCCAAUUUAAUUUCAUGCCAUGAGAAAAUAUACAGGUGUGCAUCUGUUACCAACCCAGAAGACACAGCUUUCUAUCCCUCGUUGGCUUUGAGUGGUGGGCUGAGUACCCAGUAUAUUUCGAUUUGGGUUUCCUUUUAUUAGCAGAGAUCUUGAAUUCUUCAAGGUAUUGACAGCAAUUGCUGGCUCCUUCCUCUACUCACAGACCUGAUGCUAGUUGAGUGAAUCAAAGGGCAGGAAAAAGAAGCCUCCCUUGUCAUCCCAAACCUAUUCCAAUGUCAAUUCAGAAUUGAGCGUUAAGUAGGCCCUGAGCCCACAAUGGGUCACCGAAGUGUUUGUUGUUUUAGGUUUGGAUUUCAAGUGAGCAUUUUCCCUUAACCUCUAUUUUUUAUUUACUUUUUUGAGACAGGGUCUUGGUCUAGAUCUCAGACCACUACUUUUUUUUAAUAGAAGCAAAGAUCCUCUCUCCCCUUGGUUUCCUGUGGGCCUCUUCCCCCAUCUCUGACAUAGCCAAGAGCAAAUCCUGGGUUCUGAGAAAAAUGUGUUAGCUAGAUGGGGGUUGAUGUUCAAAAUAAACCUCUAGUGAUAUCUUGGGGCUCCAUUAUGGAUUUUAUGGACUUUUUUCCUCUUGCCUUCCUCCCUAUCCCUUUAAGAGAGAACUUAUUUUUUAAAAGUAUAUAUAGAUACACAUUAUUUAGGUUUUUAUACCAUUCUGUAUUGGUAAAAAUACACUUUCAUUGUGCUUUAUAAUUUAUUCUCUCAAAUCUUGGUCUUUCUGUUUUCUCUAAGGUUCUUCGUCUUCCCCUCUUUAACAUCCCUGUGUGUUGAACACCAGGUAGUAAAAGACUACAGGCAAUUUCCUGCAUGGCUAGCUUCUUUUUCUAUGUCUCACUCUUUGAUGCAGCAUGCUUCAGUAGCUGGCUACUCCUGACUUAAAAGUCCUUCCUGGGAGAAGACAACCCAAAGACCCUUUUAGAACAGGCCAUGUUCCUCAUUCUACACGAUUGGAUUGCUAUAGACUGUCCGUGUUUUGUUUUCAGAGAUUCUGGGUUGGGGAUGGGUGCAAUAUUUGAUUUAUCAUGAUUUUGUGAUUAUCGAUAUUUAUUAAAUGAUGAUUUUCUUCUAUAUUCUUCUGGAAGAAGAAACAAUUGGCUGGCAUUGCUAGAGUCAGCAUGGCUGAGGAAAAUUUAGUCUGUCUUCCCUCAAAAUCAUAAAAUGAAAAUUAGGAAGUCACCCAAUUCUAAGAUUACCCAGGUUUUUAAUUUUGACUUCUUACUCUGAGGGGGUGGCAGGGUGAAGGGGGCAUUCUUCAUUUUAGCUUUUUCCUGAGAACCAAACUUGCCUUUACCCCAUCCCUAGAGUUGGUGCUCUUAGAAUAUUGCUGUUAACAGCCUAUUUGUGUGUGUAUGUGUGUGGGGGUGACAUCUUCCUUAAGGUAAACAGCCUAAAUAGGAGAGCAGCAGAUGAAAGAAUAGGACAUUCUGUUUCCAGAUGUUUAUUUCAUGUAAAUAUGCUGGUGUAAAUCCUGUGUCAAGACCAUAGAGAAUGGUGCUUUUUCCUACAGUUAGCACAUGCAUUUUUAGAAACUAUUACAUGUUUUAGAGAAUCUUUGCUGUGUAUAUGUAAACUUCUGUAUUGUUCAACCGUUAACAGAUAAUAAAUUAUUUCAUUAUUAAAGAAAUGUUGGUCUUCCUGAUGUUUUGCAUCCCAGUUUACCCUCUCAUGGUUUUUACUUACAGGGCUGAGUUAAUCAAAUUUCCUUUUUUCUUAAAUUUCCUGGCAAAAUCACUGGCCCAAAAUUUCUGCGAUGAGGAUUUAGACUGUGUGACUUCAGUUGAGCCAUUUGUUGCAGAACCAUGCUUGUCACUGCAUGCCCCUGCCAUGCACACAUACUUCCAUGCCACCUGCUCAUUCACUUGCUCUUGACUGACUUGCUCUUCAUUGAUGAGAACUCUGGUGACAUUGUCAGCAUGUGGGAACUACAAGGACAUAGUUUGGUGGGAAAGAUAUGCCCACAAUGCAUUGCAGUUAAUGUGGAAUAACUGUGGACAAUGCCUGGAGCUGGGCCCUGGAGAGAGCGGGUGUUUCCUGGGGAAGGAUCAUCUCUGGGAAAGAGACCAUCAGGGCCAGAAGCCAGGGUUCAGGAAAGGGCCAGCUCCACAGGGUGGGGAGCAGCCUGGAGGCUGGACGCCAUGGGACCCUUGGUGGGAAGGAUCUCAUGAUAGGUACAAUUCACAGAGAGGAGAAAGGAACCAGGUUUAGGAUGUUAGUUCUUUUACAUGCUAACACCUUUGGUUAAUUUACAUUUACUCAUUCAGCAAGUACAGACUGAAGCUGGGUCAGGCUCUGCCAUACAACUGAAGACACAUCAAUGAGCAAAACACAAAACCCCAGUCCUCAUGAGCUGUCUUUCUACUGAGCUGAACUUUGAAAUUCAGGUCCUGUCUUGGCACCAUUGCUGGGUGCAGUGUGUCUUCCUGGCAGUGUUCUUGUUUCCCCCAGAGAACACUUGUUCAGGGUCAAGGGGAAGGAAAGGUAUCUUUUUCCUUCUUGAUUAGUGCUUCUUUUUUUUCUCUUGUGGUGCUGGAGAUGGAACCCAGAGCCUACC